UGUUGAUCAUUACACAUUCUUCAAGCGGAAGCAAUAAGAGAAAACGUUAGAAACCUAUAUUCCAGUUAAAUCUAUUUGGUUGCAUCUAUGUAGAUGUGAAGCUGAGUGUCUUUUUUUUUUUUAAGCUAGAGGAACCCAGGCUAUGGUUGCAAGUAUAGUGCUGGGGACUACGGAAAUAUGUCUGGAAUGCUCUCGUUGUGCACAGAACCGUAAUUUGAUAAUAGAUUCAGCUCUGAUACAGCGCGUUGGUGAACCUAGAUGCACGCAUGAAUCUUUCGCCGGCCUAUGACGCAAGCCCAAAUUGCUAAGUUGAAGAUUCUUAUUUUUUUAGAAUCAGCUCUAACGGAAGUAGUACAAAAGGUUUCUUUCUGCGAAUUAAUUAGGAACGAUAGCCCGUUAGCCAGCUUACGACUUCCGCUCGUGCAUUCCAUAUUAGGGACUUGAAGCGGAGUGCAAGCGCCAAGUGGUGUGACUUUGCCCUUGCGAGUAGUGCGAGUUUAAUUUGGAUUUCCUGGUGUGUUGUAUGUCUUGAAGGUGGAAUACGAGUUCAUUGAAGAACAGAAUACACUUUGGAUAACCAGGCAAUGCAUUCUCAAGAUUUUGGGAAUGAUGAAGCCCGCGUGAAUGAUCCUUUGAUUGUCAAGGCAAUUAUUCCACAAAGAGUUCAAAACGAUGUAAAAGAGGAGAUAGUGAUUGUUUUUAACAAGCGCUUAUCUUCUAAAGCAAAAAGUCAAUUUACUGUUGAUUUUGUCGGAACGGGUGGUGCAGUUCAAGUAACUGCCAAGCAGCUGAACAGCUCAACCCUAAUUUUGGAGACACCAGAAUAUCCUGUGGCGAGUGUUGUGACAGCCUAUGUCUACCAUGGAAUAAAUCGAAGAUUGUUAGGCCAACACACAUUUGAAUUUCUGUCAAGGAGUGACACAUUCUAUAGACUGCUGUACACAGAACUGGAUCCUGUUAAGUUUAUGUGUGAAUCCCUGAGUUUGUCCUCAGUUGAUGUACUAAGUCUGGACUGUGCUUUGGCAGAAACAUUCAGCUCAAAUGCUCCUGAAGGAUUCAAUUUGCUAGGCAUCCACAAAAAUACUAAAGGUAAAGAAUCAAGUGCAGAGCAUCCAACUCUUCUGCACUUUGCAGCGCAGUUUGGACUAAGCAGGCUCAUUGCCACACUUUUACAUUACCCUGGAGCUCAAGAGGCCUGCGCUAUUAAGAAUUAUCAUGGGCAAUGGCCAUACAAUAUUGCAGAGGAUCAGGGUUUUAAACAACUGGCAGACAAUCUGCGUAAUUUCCGUGAUCAAGGAGAUCCAAAUCAAAUCUAUGCUGAUGUGGGUGAUGAUGAUGGUUACUAUGUCAAAAUGCAAAAGGAUGAUGGUUCAUAUGGCUAUGUACCUAUGGGUGGAGAAGGCCAUGGACUUUAUACUUAUAUGAAGGGAAGGAAAUACAUAAAUUUGGACAAACAAGAAGACGAGGCUGGUUAUUAUGUGAAGAUGCGAAACAGCGAUGGCUCUUAUCAUUAUGUUCCUGUAAAUGGAGAGGAAAGCCAGAGUGGUAAGUUAUAUGAAGAUGUCAAAGAGAAAGGGAAGUACAAGGCCACCCAACUAUACACUGAAUCUGAACAGUAUGAAGCAGAGGAUUCCACAUAUGCAAAUUUUCAGGCUGAAGUUACUGCUGAUGAUGAACUUUAUGAAGCAAUGGAAGGCAAUCCCAAACGUGAAGAAACACCAGAAGAUUUUUAUAUGGAUAUGGCAAGAGAACAAGGAGAAGAGGAUCCAUCUGAAUUAUACACAACAAUGGAGGAGGCAGUGGAGCCACCAGAGGUUCCUCCUGGUUAUGUUACACCAAAGUCAAAUUUACCAGUUCAUCCAGAUCCAGGAUUCUACCGCUCUGCCAGCAUAGCUGCAGCUAUUAGGGCUAGAGAAGAGGCGAAGAAGACUCAGUCCUUACCACCAAUAAAAGGCAAAAUGUCUCAAGAAGAACUCUUACGAAGAACAUUAAAACAAAGUGGACUUUACUCAAGUGAAGCAAUCGAAGAAAUGGUGAGCCGUAUGCAUGUGGGCAGCUCAUAUUCUGCGGCACAAAUUCAAAGGACGGGUUCAGUAAGCUCAAGGAGCUCCAUUUCAACUAUAAGCAGUACUGGCAGUGGUAGCAGUAGCAGUAGUGGAGUAAGCUCAGGACAUGAGUUGUUACACCACGAAGAAGACCCUGAAGAUGUCAAUAAAGAUGAAGAAAUACACCUUACUCGAGAAGAACUCUUUCAGAAUAUUAAGCAGUCCCAAUCAAAGAGUCAUAAUGAUGACGACACACAAAGUGGAGAUGCUCCACCUCCCCUUCCACGCCCAGACUAUGAUAAAAAGGAGAAAGUCACAGAAGGCACAGGGAGAAGACCUCAUCCAAGGCCCAGGCACAGUACACUACCUGUGGACAAGAAAGAUCUUGAGGGAAUAAUCAAAACAGGGCCUCCUCCUCCAAUCAAACGACGCAGCAGUGAGCCUCCUGAUGUUAUGGCAACCACAACCUCAACCUCAGAUUUCCAGUCAAAGACACCUUUUAGAACACUACCAAUGCACCAUGAGAGACCUCCAGCCAGUAUCCCUGAGGAAAGUCCAGCAGGGAGACCACAAAAGAGCCCUCCUCCUCCCGUUCCUCGUGGGUCUAAUCUUCCUCUUGAUGAACCAAGGCAGCCAGCACCACGAAGAGCACCACCAGGAAGUAUUGCAUUACCAGGCUUUCCUGAUACACCCCCUCCUCAACCACCUGUCAGGGGACCGAGGGUUCCACCACGUGUUCCCCCAAAAUGAAAAUAUGACAAUUGAAUAGAAGGAAAAUUUCCACACCUACCAGCUUUUUUCUGAAAUACAGUUGAGAUUUUCCACUAGGGAGUAUCAGGAUUCCAGACUAUUAUUGGACAACUUCCAAAGUCUUUUAAGGAUAAUGGAAGACAUCCAAAAAGCCAAACUGUAAAAGUUUGAAGUAAACUAGUUUUACCUCUGAAGCAUGCUGACCUCAGAUUUAGAUAAUGCAGUUAUGUAAAUUAUUUUGCCAGCAUAUGUUGGCAUGAGCUUGCUAGCUAUCCAAACUUUUACAGAAUGAAUUUAAUGGUGUUAGAGACAGUUCUGUUCUGACCAUAAUUGAUAAAAUGGUACAUUCUGAUGUAGGCUUUUUUGUAAACAUAAGGAUAGUCUUUACGAGUUUGUGGAUAUAUUUCAAAUAUAUUAGCGAAAUAGUACUAUUAGGUGGUGCAUUGUUUUUUAGACGAAGUUUGCCGCACUUGAACUUGAAGGGUGAUUUAGAUUUAUUUUUCAAAGUUUUUCGAAAGUGUGGUUCUUAUUUUAUGUAAACAAUUUGAUUCAGUAUCACUGCUCUGUUAUCAAUCAAGAUAGAUUGAAUGCUAUUCACUAAUUUGAAACUUGACAGAGGAAGUUACUGUUUUCAAAUGGCGGCUUACAUUAAACUUCUUAUGGAACAAAAGGUAAUUUAAAGUACAACAUAGUUGUUGAUUCAAAUUGUAGGAACGAUAUAAGUGCAUGUUAUUUUAUUUUGGCGAAAAAACGAAUUUUUAUCGAUAUGUAUUUUUUUUUUUUUCACUUUUAGAGCGACAGAUAAUGUAUGCUUUCAUUUGUAGUGUUAAGUGUUUUUCGACAGAGUCAAAUUCCCCUUGUAGAGGGAAGAGAAGAGCCUUCAUGCCGUUUACUGUUUUUACCAUAGUUUAUAUGAUUAUUAUAUUUUUAAACGCGGGUAAUUUAUAUCCUUUCUUAGAAUAGAUCGUUUUUUAGAAAAUCAUCUCGCUUUAAAAAUGUAUUCCGUUUGCCUUUGUAUUUUACACAAGGAUAGUCGAAUAAAAGUAUUUUUUACCAUUCUGA